AUGACUACAACACUGCCACAGCGCCACACUAUUAACAACCACACUUCCCGCAAUACAGGACUACAGCAACCACAGUACCAUAGUGCAUCACCACAUCAACCACAUUACCACAGCAUCGCGGCGUUACCACAAUACAGGACCACAACAACCACACUACAACAGCACCGCCACAAUACAGGACCAGAACAGCCACACUACCACAGCACCACGCUACAGAGCCACAACAACCUCACUGCCACAUUACACCACCACAACAACCACACUACCACACUACACCACCACAGCAAGCACACUACCACACUACACCAUCACAACAACCACACUAGACCACCACAGCAAGCACACUACCACACUACAUCACCCAGCAGCCACACUACACCACCACAGCAAGCACACUACCACACUACAUUAACCACACUACCACACCCACCACCACAUUAA